UGCUCGUCCAGCGACUGCAACCACAAAUGCUCCUGCCGUGAGGCUGUUGAUGUCCAUCUCGUGCGCCACGUUUCAAGAGUACCUAGGUACUUACACAUGUCUCCUUCUGGCAGCGAGCGUCGAGAGUGCUGCCACCGACGAGGGUGCCGCCGUCACAGUACAAGCAGUGCAAGCAGUGCAAGCAGUGCAAGCAGUGCGGUGCGGUGCGUGCAUGCAUGCAAUGCAAUGCAAUGCAAUGCAACCCUGGGGCUCCCACAGGCUCAUUUCCUCUGAUUGCCUUGUCGCGAUACGCCGGCACGCCGCUGAGAUCAAGAUGCGGCCCCCGAGGCUGUUGUUUGAGCACGACCCUGGUCCCCCCGCCAAACAUUGUUUCUACAGGCCGCACGGGCCCCCUCCCCCAUCUGCCCUGCCGUCCCGUCAUCCCACCUCGCCAAAUAUCGCCAAUUAGCCGCGCUCCGACCAGGGAGAUACGGGGUACGGGGUAGAUGGAGCCACGCACCUCGGCGGCACAUCACAGUGCCGUGCGGCUGUGUGGCGCUUCCGGCUCACCACCUCCCUCCCUCCACCAUCUAUUCUGCGUCUAAUUCCAUGCUGCCCGUCAACUCUUCCUUCCUCCUCGCCGUUGCUAUUUUUGACUGGCCCCUGUCCCCCUGUCCCCUGCUCCCGUUCGUGGACCAUACCCCAUCUCCCAUCUCCAAUCUCCCAUCGUCCAUCGUCUGUCAUCCAUCGUCCAUCGUCCAUCGUCCACGCCCCCCUCUGCCCUCCCAACCACACCCCCCACCCCGGCAACGGACCGAUCUGAUUACCCAUCAUCCUCUGCAUGCUGCAUGGUGCAUGGUGCACGGGCAUGUCGUCUGCUGUGGGCUGUGGUCACGGUGCCGCUGCCGCUGCCGCUGCCGGUGCCGCUGCGAGCUCGGUACGUAAUAACAGCAAGCCAUGGCUUUUCCCACGUCGAAUCAGACGGGCCUGGCGGGGCCCAGCGAGCGGGUCCCAACGAUCCUCCUCCACACCAAGGAUCUAUCUACUUUCGGCUCUGCUCCCUUCCUGAUCUAUUCCCAUCCUGUCCUGCUCGACCUGGUUCCGGUGCUCCAUGUCUCGGCCGCCCACACGGCUGCUGCCCGUCUCGUCUGUCUAUGCGCUCGGGCUGCGGCUACGCCUGCGUGGGUAUCCACCGUGGUCUGCUGAAUAGCCGCCCUCCCCUCCCCCAACGGCCCCACACAACCUUGGCCCGUCGUAGCCGCCCAACUUCAGACAGACGCCAUUGCGAAAUCUGCCAGCCAAUAUCAGCGGCCCGUUGUUGUGCAUCCCAUCAAGCAGACACACGAUCCAGGUUUCAUACCCGCAGCUGCCGUCAACCUACCCUGGUUUCAGAUCCGAUCUCCAGUCCAUCAGCCUCUCCCUCCAUGCUGUGUACCGGGGGGGGGGGCAGCAGGGGAGGAGGGAAAGGGCCUUCCCCCUCUCUCGCCUGCCUGCCUGUCUGUCGAGGUCGACGUGGGAGCAUGGGCAAGGCAAUGGCAGGGCAAUGGCAGGGCAAGGGCAAGGGUGCUGCUGUGGACAGAGUGGGUGGGCGGUACGUACCUGGCCCAUGUACUACCGUCGAGGAUCCACUCCACAGAUCGGAUCCUCCUCCUCCAUCAUCUUAUCUGGUCAUCUUUUGUUGCCAUUCCUGUACGGCGCCGUCCAGCGCUGUACCGUGCCGCACCUGCCCUCUCCCCCCCCCCCCCAGGCGCGCAAAUCCUCGCCAUGUAUUUUUAUAAGUAACAGGAGCCGCCUGCAUCACCAUCAGCCCGUGUCUCUUAUUCCAGUCUUCCAGUUCCAGCUUCUUCUAUCCUACAGCCUCCUCGCAUCUCGCCUCCUCUCCUCCUCGUUUCCUUUUUCCUUUUUCCUUUCUCUCUUGUUUCCUUUUCUCUUUCCUAUUUUCCUAUUUUCCUAGCCCCUCGCCCGUCCAAAACAAGACCUCGCGCUCAUUCGCUGCUGGCCUGUCCUUCGUUUGACACGAACCCCUCCAGAGUUUGGCCCAUAUUCAGACGAGCCGGUCCCGCCAGAAACAGAAGCCACGCCUCCCGUCCCCGACUAAUUCCUCGUCGCCGUGCCGCCGCGCCCCCCUCGAGGUCGACCUAGCUUUUCGAGGCCAGCAGACGCCCGCCGUUGUUGAGUGAGCCUCCACCAGCGGCCAGACACACAAAUGCCAUCACUCAUACCGACCCACAACAUGGCCUUCUACAACACCCGGUCCACCUCGCAGGUGCCGACCACCAUGGACUACUACGGCAGCAUGACGACCACGGCAGCCCAGCCCAUGUCCAUGUCCACCUCCAUGCCCGGCGCCGCAUACGACCCUUAUGCCGUCGCCCCCCUCACCAUGCAGCCGCCAGCCCACGCCGGCCACCACCACAGCCACUCCACCGCGUCCUACCUCUCCACAGACCCGCACCACCGCGUCCCCACCUCCUCUCUCCCCACACAGCACCGCGCCUCAUCCGGCGCCUGGAAUGCCGCCGACGACCAGACCCUCCUGGGAGCCCGCGCAAGUGGUCAGAACUGGGCACAGAUCCAGCAGAACUACUUCCCCUCCAAGACACCCAACGCCUGCCGGAAGCGGCACGAGCGCCUCAUGGAACGCAAGGGCGCCGAUGACUGGGACACGCGCAAGCUGGAGAAGAUGGCCAAGGAGUACAUGGCCCUGCGCAAGGAGAUCUGGGCCCCGCUGGCGCUCAAGACCGGCGAGAAGUGGAAUGUCGUUGAGCAAAAGUGCAUGUCCAACGGUCUGAAGAACCUCCAGGGCGCGGCCCGGGCAGCCGCGCGCCGCGAGCGCCUCGAGGCCGGCCUCCCUCCCACAGACCCCUACAACGACGACAGCGGCAUCUCGGGUAUCGACCUCACCGAGGUCGACGACUUGGACGGCGAUGCCGGCUACGGCGGUGUCCCCAGCCCGGACCGGUCCACGACAUCCUCGGGCGGCGCCGGUGGAAGCAGCACCGCAUCCCAGUCCUACUCCACUGCACCCUCAACAUAUGGUCACCCUCAGGCCUAUCCCGGAUACCCGACGAUGGGGGGGCACGGGUACGCAAACAGUGUGAGCAGCUCUGGCGGGACCGCAUAUGGGCACCACAACGGCGCACAGGGACACCACAGCCAGAGUGCGAGCCCAUAUAUGGAGGCCAUGCACAGGAUGCCGAGCGUGGACAUGGGCAUCGACUCCAUCAUCAACCGUCCAGGGGUCCAAUAGCAGCAUGCGCCCAGUCCGUACUAGGCAGUGGCCUCUUCCGCCCACCUCCAUCCGUGUCCACUACCACCUGCCCGCCUCCUCCUUAGCCUACCCUGCCUUGUCCGACCCCACAAGGUCUUGUUUCCCUUGGCCAGUUUGGCCCUUGGGUUCAGAUCACACAAUCGCUAAUUGUCUUUUGCCGUUAUGGGAUUUUCUUUUGUCUUCUGAUCAAACAAAUCAUCAUCAUCGUCGUCGACGUCGUCGUCGUCGUCGUCGUCGUCAUCAUCAUCGUUAUUAUCAUUACUGCCUUCAUCUGGGGAAGGGCGGGAGGUUUUGCUCCACCGGCGUUCAAACAGGACUCAGCGGCGUCAAGGAGCGAUUCAAAAGGAUUGACGGCAGAUUUUUUUUUCCUCUCGCCGUUGGGUUAUUCUUUGCUUUCUAUGGAAUUUUUAUAGAGUCAUUGGGAUCCUGGAACGAAAACGGAAUGACGAAACAGGACACCCAAACUCAAUGCCAUACCGAAACGGCGGAUGAACGGCCGGCGGUACAGCUAGAGAGAGGCGGCGACCUUGGAUGAACUUGAUGCUUCGCGGUUUAAUGUCAUUCCUGUCCUGCUUGCUUUACUAAAUCACUUUAUUGUAUACUAGAAGACAUCAUGAUCUUAGAUACCACGGUGGAACGGCCCGGGACUGGCGCAACACUUGUUGGAAAGGAUGAUAGGAUAGCUGGACAGAUACUUCAAAUCACUUUAUCGUCCGCUCCGCGUUUUUUUUUUUUAAAAAAAAAAAGAAAGAAAGAGGAACUCUUCCUCAAAUACAAGGCCUCUCUGUGGUGCCCGAUAGCUUGUCCGCCAUCGUAAUAUAGUACCAGCCUCCUGCAGGGUCCUGUACGCCUUUUGAGCGACGGAUGGAGCUAGAAGUGGUAACAUACAACCGUGCAACCUACGCUUAGCCUUUCGGCGUCUAAGUCAGGCCUCAUCGGGUGUCAUGAGAUUGUGCUUUUGUGUUUGAAGUGCUUUCGUGCGUGUGCAUUUGCGCCUGCUUCUAUGCCGGCCGCCCCAACAAUGGUGCUUCGAGGCUGUAGCCAGUGCUUCCUGAGAUGGCCAGCUCAUGUUUCCUAUAAUACAACCGGGUAUCUCUCUCUCUUUCUCUCUCUCACGGGCUCCCGUCCCCUACGCGUGGGCUCCUCGGAGGUAUCCUCGCUGGGGGUUGGGCAGAGGGGACGUCGAGCUCGUCGUCAAUGUCCUCCCAUUCGUCUUGGUCGACAGGUUCGCCCACGAUGCUGGCCCACACCCUCUGCCACAUGCCCUUCUUCUGUAGAAGGGCAAGGCCCAUGACAGCGGGCAAGUGCCAGACACUGGCCCAAAAGAGCCCCCGGGCACUUCCCUUGUGGCCCUUCAAACGAUGGAAUCUGAGUGCCUCACGGACCAGCCACAGGUUCACCGGCAAGCUCGUCACGGCGAACGUCCACUCGGUGACGCCGUAAGCGCACAGGGCUACACAGAUGGGCAUGAAGACCAGGCUGUACCGCAGCGCAACCCUGCCGUUCCUCGCCGGGUCCAGCCAGCACAGCAUCUUCAGGCCGGCUGCCUUGUACUCGUGACGCACCGCCCAGGAGAGGGCCAUGAAGUGAGGGAAUUGCCAGGCAAACAGGAGCCCGGCAAACAGCCAGCCACCGGCGCUGGAGGUGCCGUCGCCGGUGAACUUGAACAGCAGCUCGCGGAAGGUGCCGUCGGCGGUGGCGCUCUCGCCGGCAGCUGCGGCCCAGCCCAUCAGGGGCGGGAUGCCGCCGACCAGGGCGCCGACCCAGGUGUUGAGCCAGUGAAAGCCCUUCAUGGGUGUGUAGACGCCGGCGUAGAGUGCGAUGUUGGAGGCGCCGAGGAAGGCCACGGUGGGGUUCACGCCCCAGUAGAGGGCGGCUGUCCCGAGGAGCCCACAGCCGGCGGCAAACAGGACAGCAGCCCUGGUGGACAGCAGAUUGCGCACCAGGGGGCGGUUCCGCGUCCGGGACAUCUUGGCGUCGGUGGAUGGCUCGUACAGCAUGUUGAGGGCGUUGGCAGAGGCAGAGCACAGGGUGGUGCCUGUUGUGAGGAAGAGCAGGGUGAGGGGCGACAGGGAAGGGGCGUCGGCGAGGGUGGCGGAGAGGAAGGCGGGCACGGGAUACAGGGCGUAGGGGACCAUGGCUGUUAGGACGACGAGGACGGUCAGGCGCGGUUUGGAGAGGGAGAGCAGGGCGGAGAGCCGGCGCCGCAGCGAGUUGGCAGGCUGGGAGGCGGCGAGGCUGGUGAGGGUGUCGGAGGCAUUCUCUGGGAGAACAUGAUGCGGCGGCGGCGGGCUGGCCCCGGCGGCGGCGGGGGCGGCGGCGGCAGCGGCGGCGGCACGCCUGGCAGCUUGUCUCUGGCGGUGUGGCGGGACCUGUGUGGCCACCGGCUUGGGGCCUGGGUCGUCCUGGUCCGGGAGGGAUGAAGGAGAAGUGGGCUCGGUGCGCAGGAGAACGCCCUUGUGGAAGACAUCGGAGGCGUCGAGCAGCACGUUGGGGCUGAAGUAGCUGGACGUGGUGGUGGCGACAAGACGGCGGCUGGGCUGGCGGAAGAGGCUGGGACUGCGCAGUAUCAGGGGCCGGGUCGGGGAUGAGCAGCAGGCGGAGGACACGAGCUGGGAGGAGGGAGAGAGGCGAGCACCAAGCCCUCGAAGCCCGCCUGCAAGCGCAGGUGGUCGCAUGGUUGCUUUUGCUGUGCAGCGCUCGCCUGGGGCAGCGUCGACUACCUCAUGAUCAGCAGGCCUUUGGUCCUUUCCCCGGGCCGGUCUGCUUGUUGAGGAGGGGUGGGUGCUGUGCUGGAGGCGGAGGCCGGUUGAGGAGCAUCGAUCGGAUGAGGUCUGCCAGAG